AACUGAAGUUGCGUCCUUCAAAUCUUGCAACUCCCGUUGGUGCUCAUUUCGUCUUUUUCUCUCACUAAAAUUCUAGGGAGAGAGGGGUAGGAGAUCAGAGUGUUGAACAGUUGGUUUGAUGAAUGAAUCAUUCAUGAUUGAUCUCUCCUUUUGACUUUCCAAUUCAUGUUCCCAUUUUUCUUCCUUUGCUAAUUUCUCUUUCUGAAAUUUUGCUCCCUCCUCUAAAUUUGAUACUAUUCUUCAGUUUUUCACACGGGGGUUCACAUUGCAACAACAAAAUUCGACGGUUAAGUUUUUUAUUGUUCUCUGUUUGGUCGUAAUUGUGUGAAACAACAUGGUCGUGAGCACCAAAAGCACAUGAUCAACAAGGUGGGGUUUGCAAGGAGUUAUGUUCAUUGGAUUGGUGGCACAACAUUUUUCCAGAAUUGGCAUCAUCUUUGGAGGAUUUGUUUUCUAGUGAUCAUGGGUUGUGCAAGUUCAAAGCAAAAGCGAUGUCGGCGUUGCAGUGCUCCUUAUUCUCCUGCUCCGAGAAGCUACUCAAUGCACGUUCAUCACCCUCCUCAAGCAGAAGGUGAUAGCUACCAUGUGGUGGCACUCACCUCCACAACACUUGGCACUCUCAAACUCAAUUCCCCUGCUUCAACUCAAAACCUUGGUGUGAAUUGUGACCAUGAUUUCAAGCACUCCAAUGGCAAGGUUGGUAACGCUGAAAGCUUCAGGUUUGAUAGUGAGAGUUUUGUUGUCCAAAGGCCAAAGGAGAAGGAGAGGAAGAGUGAAGCAUUGGAGAAAGAGAAAAAAGAAGAGUUCUCAAUGGGGCUGAUUGAGGCCAAGACUUGGUCCAACAUGAUUGAGCAAAAGUUGCCAAAAGUUUUCCCCAAGACCCCAAUCAGAACACCACCUGGUGAGCCUGAGACAAUCAUCAACACAUGGGAACUCAUGGAAGGCCUCGAAGACACCACACCUUUUCGAUCACCGUGCCACUUCCGAAGCUUCUCUUUUGAUGCCAAUGGUGAUGAUGUUGGUUGUGAAGUUGAUGUUGAUGUUGAUCCACCCAAGAUGAGUGUUGUUGCUCCUCCAAAACCCAUGUGGCUUCUCAUGACUGAGGAGGAAUCAAGACUCAACCCUGCAGUCUCAGAUUUUGAUCCUGAGGUGAUUUCCUCAUUCAGGAAGUCCUUGCAACAGCUCUCUCCAAGUGAUGAAGAGAAGCAACGGACUAGAAAGGAGUUUCCGUUUGAGGAAAAGAAAACAAAAGGUGAUGAUGAUGAAGAAGAUAAUGUUGAUGUUGCGGAUGAUGUUCAUGUCGAUGAUUCAUGUGGGAAGGAGAAGGUGGUGUUGUAUUUCACUAGCUUGCGUGGAGUGCGAAAGACUUAUGAGGAUUGCUGCCAAGUGAGGAUGAUUCUGAAAGGGGUGGGAGUGAGGGUGGAUGAGAGAGAUGUGUCCAUGCAUUCAGGGUUUAAAGAGGAGCUUAGAGAGCUUUUGGGUGAUUGGUAUGGUGGGGGAGGAUUGCCAAGAGUGUUUGUUGGGGGGAAUUACAUUGGUGGAGCUGAGGAAAUUCAGAAGCUGCAUGAGGAUGGGAAGCUUGAAAAACUUUUAGGUUGUUGUGAGAAGAUUGAGGAUAGUGUUGGAGGUGAUGGAGGGGGAGUUUGUGAGGCUUGUGGGGAUAUAAGGUUUGUCCCUUGUGAAACAUGUUGUGGAAGUUGUAAAAUUUACUAUGAAGGUGAUGAAGAUGAAGAAGAAGAAUUUGUUGAUGGUGAGGUGGGAGAGUUUGGUUUCCAACGUUGCCCUGAUUGCAAUGAAAAUGGACUAAUUCGUUGCCCCAUAUGUUGCUUUUAGUUCCCAAUUCACUUAACAGAGGUACUGAAAAACCAAUUUUUUUGAGUUUUGUUCUUCAUGGGAUUUUGUAUUUUGUGAGAUUUUGUUGUACAGUCAAGUUUUUUUUUUAAGUGCUUGAUACUAGUGAAGAGUGAAUAACGUGUUCUAAUCACUCCCCCUGCAUAAUCAAUGCAGCUUGCUACAUAGUGUAUACCUUUUCAUUUUGAUUUUGUACACAAUUGCCUUUCUUGUAAAAUCAAGAAGAAAUGCAAAAGAGAAUUAUCAUGUUAGCUGGUAUCAUUUGUAUUAUUUCUCUUCAUAACGUGUCCUCCUUUUUAGUAUUCAAAAUUGUGAUGUUAGAAAGUUGUUGCAUUGGGGGCUUGAAGCUUUCUAGGCCUAGAGUUGAACCUGUGCUGAGCUAAUUACAGAAUGCACUUAGAGGCUAGGGUUUAUGAGCUCAAUGCAACUACCAUGCUUAUCAUCUUUAUGUUAUCAAAUGUUGACCACUACACGAGUUAAGACCAUUGGUGGUUAGCACGGCUUUUCUAGCCCCUGAUUUUCUAUU